AUGGCUCCAAACUACAACCAUUAUAACUUCCGUCCUGAGAAUAUCCUCAAGAGAGCAGAGGACUUGAUUCAGGUAGAUCAGUCUGAUGCGGCUUUAGAGACCAUCUACGAAUUCUUCACCUCCAAAAGGGUUAGAACUGGGCAAGUUUCCGAAUUCGAACCAAUCGCCCUUUUGUUCGUCAAACUGUCUGUUGAUCUGCGUAAUGGUAAGCUGAUCAAGGAUGGUCUGCAUCAAUACAAGAGAAUAGUUCAAAACAGCGAAAAUGGUUUUCAAUCAGUAGAAACUGUUGUCAAGAAAUUUCUACAAUUAGCUGAAGAGAAGUUGGUCAACGCUCAAGAAAAAGCCGAUGAUCUUGCCGCCGAUGAAGAAGAUGAUGAAGAUCAAGAUGUCUCUCCUGAAGCCAUUUUGCUAUCUGCCGUCUCCACAGAUGAUACAAAGGGCAGAUCGGAUAGAGCGUUGGUGAACCCUUGGAUCAGAUUCUUAUGGGAAUCCUACAGAUCUGUUUUGGAUGUUCUACGAAAUAACAAAAACCUGGAGGUUUUUUAUUCUGUUGUUGCCCAACAGGCUUUCCAGUUCUGUUUGAAGUAUCAACGAAAGAAUGAGUUCAGAAAGUUGAGUGAAAUCUUAAGAUACCACCUUCUCGGUGUCCAGCCACAACAAGGUAUAGUGAAGAACGACUACAAUGUAGACUUGAAUGACCCAGAAACUUUAAAGAGGUCCCUGGAUUUACGUUUCCAGCAAUUGAACGUUUCUGUCAAGCUGGAACUGUGGCAGGAUGCCUUUAAAUCUGUCUCAGACGUUCAUAACUUGAUGACUGUAUCGAAACGCCAGCCUAACCCCGCCAUGAUGGUCAGCUACUACGAAAACAUGGCUAAAAUAUUUGCUGUGAGUGACAACCUGUUGUUCCAUGCUGCAGCUUGGAGAAAGUUCUUUAACCUGUUUUCCCAAUCACCAUUUGCUACCAAAGAACAACUGAACCAUUACAGUUCUAUUUAUCUUUUGGCAGCUUUGUCGGUUCCUGACGAAAUUAGCAGUGAAGAAUCUGCUAGCAGCUCUCUCAAGUUAGCAUCUCUUUUGAACUCUUCUACCAUUCCAUCCAGAGAAUACAUUUUGCAAAACCUGGUAAGCAGAAAGAUCCUGCAACAUGUUGACGAAGAACUUUUACAACUAUACAAUUACCUGGAAGUCGAUUUCAAUUUGAUAACCUUGAAACAAAGAAUUGCUCCAAUUUUGAGCAAGAUUGAAAGCAACGAUAGCUACAAAGCCUACGUGAAACCUUUAUCUCAAAUUCUUCUGCGCAAGUUAAUUAGGGCUGUUGGUGAUGUUUACGACACGAUCAAGUUAGAGUACCUAGUGGCUCUUGCAACUUUCGAAGGUUCCUUCAAGUUGUCCCCACAGGAAGUUGAAGAUGUUGUAUUGGACGUUGCCCGAGAAGGAGCUAUCCAUGUUAAAAUCAACCAUGACAGUAAGAUAGUGACAUUCAAGUGGAAUCCAUUUGACGAACUUGAUCUGGCUGAUUCCAAAAAAUCUUCAUUGUCGCCUGCCAAUCUGAUUCGUUAUCAACUGAGUGCUUUAGCAGAAACGCUCUCAGUUGCUGUCGACCGCACCAAGGGUGGUGCUUUGGAAGUUGAAAAGGCAAAGUCUCACUCUUUGGUAGAGGAAAGAAUCAACUCUCAAUUUCCUUCCGAGCAUAAGGAAAUUUCAUCUCGUCAUGAAGUCCUAGGAGAAAGAGCCAAACAAUUGAAGGCUAGGGAAGAAGAGAGAAAGGCUCAAGAAGCCAAAUUGGAGCAAGAAAGACUGUUGGCUGAAAAGAAGGCUCAAGAGGAGCGUGCUGAGGCUGAGGCCCUGAGAAAACAGGAGGAGAUGCUCAAAUUAGAGCGUGAAAAGAUCAUCAUGAGCGAGAAGAAGAAGGUAGCUGAUGAAAUCAAUAAGAAGGGAAUUAUCAAGGUCACAGAUGAACAGCUGAAGGAAAUGUCUGCCAAUGACCUGAAGGCUUUACAAUUGCAACAAUUGUCAAAGGAUAAAGAACAAUUGGACAUCAUGCUUAGAUCGCUAUCCAAAAAGUCUGACUACUUAGAAAGAGCAUUAAGAAAGUACGAGGCUCCAUUGCUUGUUAAGAAGCUGGAGGAGAAAGAGGCUGAGGAUGAGGCUGCUGCUGAGCUCAUCAAAAAGGAGAUUGUUUCUAAGGCCAAGGAAGCUCAUGACCGUAAGGUCGAGACCCAUAACAGGCUAAAGAGAAUGGAAGGAGAGUUCGGUCAAUUUGUUGGUGAGCUCAGAAGGGAAUUCUUGGAUGCUAAGAGGGAUAAAGCAAGGCAGGCACUAGAGAAAGCAAAGCAAGAGCGUAUUGCCGAAGUUAUUGCUGAGAGAAAGAAGGAAAUAGCUGAAGAGGCAUCUCGUAAAGCUGCUGAGGAGGCUCGCAAAGUCGCCGAAGAGUCUCGUAGAGUCGCUGAGGAGGCACGCAAGGCUGCUGAAGCUGAGGCUGCCAAGCCUAAACCAAUGACCUUUGCCCAAAAGAUGGCACUAAAGCGUCAAGGAAGAAUAUAA